GCUGAGAAUUAUCUUAGUAUACCCAUAGAUACUUAUCCCAAUCCUCUUUACAGCAUGUCAAAAGAAAAGCUCUUGAAAUUGACUGCUCCAGAGUUCAAGCAUCUAACUAGCAUAUCCCACAGAACCAAAGAGGAACAGGACCAAUACUGUCACAACAUUAUAGAGAUAACAUUCGAGACGAUUUUGGAAGACCCAGAGAAAGUUGCCCGUUUAUUGAAUAGUAUUAAAGAUACAGAGACAAAAUCAAUAUUGGUAGCUACAUUGUCUAAGGCUUUUUGCAACGACAAUAUCCAACUAUCUAUCUUGAACUAUAUUGUAGAUCCAACAUCCAAAAAGUUCAGAACAGGUUUCUUCAAAGUUCUCACCAACAUUUUGCAUUUGAAAGGAAAAACAACUGAAGAGAGAGGGGUCAUUCUCUUGAGCUAUUUACGGUUGUUGUCUUUAACGAAUAUCAUCAAUGCUGAACCUUUGAUCUUGACUACUAAUGUCUAUUCCAAGAUCAUAAACAGUAUUCCACCAUCGAAGUUCAGCGAACUCUACCUGUAUCUUUUUCAUGUAAAUAUCCAAACCACAUUGCUUGAGACGUUGAAAGUUCUUAGGAAAACCCUUUUGAGAGGCACUCAAUCAGACAGAUUUGUAGCCAGAACAGGCUGGAUCAAUCCCAAAUGGCACGAUCUUCUUACAACAUCAUUCUCAGAAAUCCACCAAAAGAAGAUGAUUAAUUUCUUCAGUAUUGAUGAUUUGAGAGAAAUCACUGAUAUAUCAGUCAGGGAAAAAGAUACGCCUACAGCAAGUUUGUACUUGAACUUAUUGGUUGCGAAAUUCGAACAGAAAUGCGCAUCUCAAACCCCUCUUCGUCUUGAUGAUUCCAACAGUUUGGAUGAUGUGCAGAUUGUAAUUCGAGUAAUAGUAAACUAUCUAAUGGCAUUUAAGGGAGCAAAGAGCUGUCUUCAGGUUCUAAAGUAUUGUAUCAAGAAUAAACUUGAAAUCGAGUUUCCACUCUUGCUUGUCAUAAUGAGAAACUUGAGACUCUCGGGUCAUUUCAAGGAGGCAUUGCUCUUGAUAAACAAUAUUCCACUUCAAAACCUCUCGUAUCAAGAUCGUCUGAGUUUGGUCCAAGAAGUCCUUAUGUUGAUUAAGUCCAGAUACCCUGGCACUCCCAAUGUUUUGAUUGGAUACACUGCUGCUAUGUUAGGUGGAUCUGUCGCAGGUGAGAAUAGUGGUCUAAAACUCUUGAACAAGCUUCAUUUGUUGGAAUUGACGUAUGGCUCCGGGGCUUUGGGCGAAAUGGCCAGCUUCGAAUCCAUACAAGAAGCUUCUAUAGACGACAAAUUGACAGGCUUUGAGUUCACAUCCAAUACUUUGGCCAAUGUCUAUGAAACUAUCUUGGAUUCGUAUGAUAGAGCAGACUUGACACCCAACUUCAUCAACAGCCUCUACGAUAUCUACAUUAAAGAGGUAUUGAAAUCAUUGGCUAAUGAGACACCCAUACAACCAUUUACAGCCGAGUCUAUGAAUGAUAGAGUGGUCAAUCAUCUAAUUUCGUAUUUGCUCAGAACUUCGCCUGGAGGUAGAGCCAAUUUCAAAAUUGAUUCUAAUUUAGAACGAUACGAAGUUGCCAAACGGAUCUUUACCGACUUUAUUGCUAAUGUAGAGUUGUCAAGAAAGGACAUCACCGUUUCAUUGAUUGACCUUUUGGUUCACACUUCCUUGGAAGUGCAUUCAGACUACAAUUUUGCAUCCAAAGUGGUGCGGUAUUCGAGAGAAAGGCACCUUCCGUUUACGUUCAAUCAAAUUUACCCAUUCAUAAUUCACCACUACAACAAGAAUGAGUAUAAGGUGGCAGAGUUGUGGUAUAAGCAGUUGACCAAUCUGGGUGCGAAAACUACUGCACCACCUGCUAAGAAUCUAUUCAGAAUAGCCAGAGAAUUGAAUUGGGACGUGAAUGGAUUUGCCUACCGUAGAAAGAACAUAGAGAAGAACUAUAAGAAAAGGGAAGAGCUUGCUAAGAUCCACGCAGACCCCAUUGUAUUUUUAGGAGAGAACGAUACCGAGGACGCCAUCACAGAGGAGUUGGUAAAUGGCAUUCAUGCUGAAAAAUCAGAUUCUAACUUCAGUGAAGAGUUGUCGGCAUUGUUGUAUUCUUCGGAAUUAUGA